AUGAAGUUUGCACAUUCUCUUAAGUUCAACGCAGUGCCAGAAUGGCAAGACUAUUACGUCAACUACCCUGCCUUGAAAAAGACUAUUUAUAAACUUCAACAAGAACAAUUACAGCAAGAAAUCGGUAACAAUGGUAUAGAUCUAACCACGGUCACUGAAUUGUUAGAACUGGAAAGUAAGAAACUUCAUGAAGAAAGCAAAGUUUCCGAUAGUAAUGUCAAAGAUUCCGCAAUCAAUAAUUCUUCUGAUGAAGAGAAUGCGGACGACAAGCAUAAAUUCUCAUCAAAGCUUUUAAACAGAUUCAAAAAGAAUAAGAAAAUCACAUUUGAUGCUGACUUAGAAAGUGGUGAUAAGCAUUCAGUCUCCAGUUUCACCGUAGAAAGUGAAACCUAUGCGUUCCACCGUUUCAUUAACUCUUCAGAUGAAGAAGGCUUUGACACCUUGAAAAUCUUCACGAAGCAACUAUUGCAACAAUUGCAAAAGAUUGAUGAGUUUUACAUGCAACGCCAACGUAAGAUCUUCAAAGACUAUGACAAUUUGGUAAAAGAUUUAGAAAGAAACGAAAUUUUCAUAGAAGAAAUCUUCAAACGUACGCAAGCAUACAACCAAAACCCUUUAAAGUAUAGAAGAAGGUCUAUUGUUACUGAGAUGAAGAUAGAUAACCUUACUGGUUCUUCUUCAGCUACUCUCAAUAGUGCAGACUUGGAAAAGCAAGAUACUCAUGUCACUUCUAUCGCAGAGGAAUCAGACGAAGAUUCGGAAGAAGAUGAAGACGAUGAUGAUGACGACGAUGAAGAAGAACAUCAACAUUCUCAUAAUUCUGCUUUAUUAGAUCAUUCGCAUUUCCAAGUAGAUCAACAGAAGAGAAUUGCCCUUAAGAAAAAAUCUACAAACAUUUUCAUUGAGCUUUCAGAAUUGAAGUCCUUCAUCGAAUUGAACAAGAUUGGUUUUACCAAGAUUACCAAGAAAUUUGACAAAUCAUGUAAUUAUGCCAUUAAGCAGGAUUUUGUCUCAAACUUCUUACCAAGCAAUUCACAAGCCUUCGUUCCAAAGACUUUGGCUACCAUUGAUUCCAAAAUCAAUGAAAUAAUCAAAAUGUAUGCCUUUAUGAUUGACAAGUUAAACCCAGCAACCACUGCAGCAGACUUAGAGGAUAUCAAACUCGAAUUGAAAUCUCAUUUACGUGACCACAUUGUCUGGGAAAGAAACACUGUCUGGAAAGAUUUACUUUCUUUGGAGAAGAAGUCUUAUGAUUUGGAAUUACACAAGCAUGCGGGUGCUCAUAAUAACAAGAUGGGUGAUGAAUCUAACGUUGUAAACGACAUGAUUUUACAACUAAACGUUAAAUCGUAUAAGUUGCCACGCGCUGUAUUCGGUUAUGAAUCCAUUUUGCUCCCAGCAUCCUUAUUAACUUGGCAAGUGUUUAAGCUAGUCUUAAUUACAAUUGUUUUCAUCAUUUUAAUGACGGUCAAGACUAUGAAUGACCCAGAGGAACACCGUUGUUUAGCAGUAUUGGCUGCAUGUGCAUUGCUUUGGGCAACAGAAGCAAUCCCAUUGUAUAUUACCGGAAUGUUGGUACCAUUUUUGACAGUUACUUGUAAGGUUUUGAAAAAUACAGAUGGCACAGGACAUAUGACAGGAGCUGAUGCAUCCGACUAUAUUUUAGGUGUGAUGUGGAAUUCUACCAUUAUGUUGUUAAUGGGUGGUUUCACUUUAGCUGCUGCCUUAUCGAAGUACAAUAUCGCUAAAAUUAUCUCCUCAUGGAUGCUUGCAGCCGCUGGUACUAAGCCAAGAAACAUCUUGUUAGCAAUUAUGGCCAUUUCAUUGUUUUUAGCUAUGUGGAUUUCGAAUGUUGCAGCUCCAGUUUUAUGUUUCUCAUUGAUUCAACCUGUUUUGAGAACAUUACCCACAACUUCUCCCCUCUCACAAGCUUUGAUGAUGGGAAUUGCCUUGGCAUCAAACAUGGCUGGUAUGGCAUCACCAAUUUCUUCUCCUCAAAAUAUUAUUGCAAUUGAGUCUAUGUCACCAAACCCAGGUUGGGGUAAUUGGUUCGCUGUUGCCUUACCAGUUUCUAUCAUAGGAACUCUCGGUAUUUGGGUUAUGUUACUAUUCACAUUUGACAUUUCUCACGUAAAGGUUCAAGCCUUCAAGCCUAUGAAGGAUAAAUUCACCGUCAAGCAAUGGUAUAUCAUGAUAGUUACUAUUGGUACCAUUUUGUGUUGGUGUUUCAUUGGAAACCACCAUAUGGCAGGAUUUUUAGGAACAUCAGGUAUUAUUUCAAUCCUUCCAAUGAUUCUUUUCUUUGGAACAGGUUUAUUGACUGUUCAAGAUUUAAAUAACUUCCCUUGGAGCAUUAUCGUCUUAGCCAUGGGUGGUAUUGCCUUGGGUAAGGCUGUAUCAUCAUCAGGUUUAUUGAAGACCGUCGCCGAAGCUUUACAAGACAAAAUCAUGGAUUUUAAUAUGUAUGCUAUUGUCAUGAUUUUCGGUAUCUUAAUCUUAGUUGUUGCAACUUUCGUCUCUCACACUGUUGCCGCUUUGAUUAUUGUUCCAUUAGUCAAGGAAGUUGGUGAAAGUUUACCAACUCCACACCCAUUACUCUUAAUUAUGAGUACCACUUUAAUUGCAUCUGCUGCCAUGGCAUUGCCUACCUCUGGUUUCCCUAACGUUACAGCCAUUAGUAUGACGGAUGAAUUGGGUCAACGUUAUUUAACAGUGAAUACAUUCAUUACCAGAGGUAUCCCUGCAUCCAUCAUUGGUUAUAUAUGUGUCGUUACCAUCGGUUAUGGUAUCAUGACAGCAAUUCAAUUCUAA